AUGUGGAGCAACUUUGAAGCGUCGCCUUUGGAGGACGAAACCAUAUCAAACGUGUUUUCCUCGCGUGGCAUUUUUAAAAUUAAGAGCGACGAACGGUUGGAGGAAUAUCCCUUGGUCCAGGCCUCGGUACAAGGUGGUAAAAUGGUGAUAUCCAUAGACAAAAGUCUGUUACUUCUAGAGGACGAACUGGUAGCAAAGUGCAGCUUCCUAAGCUUUUGCUCCAAAAUAGACGAUAUUGCGAUUUCCAACAGCGGCGACCUAAUCAUUUGCGGCUUGUGCAAUGGCGAGGUACACGGUGUGUACAUAAAGGGUGUGCUGCUUUUUAGCGUUUGCAUUGAUGCGGAUGACGUGGACUCUACCAGCAACACCUUCAAGACUAUCCAGAAGAUAGGCCAGCGUUUCUACUUUACCUGCAGAAAUGGCAGUAUUUACUGUCUCAGUGAAAUCGAUGAGAGCAGAUUAGACACUCUGAACGCAAAUGACACUAUGGGAAGUGAGAAAGCUAUUUUGGAUGAUGUAAGCAUACAACGACUCACCACAGCGCGCUUUGCAGGCGUUUCUGAUUCCGUGGACUGUGCUAUGCUGCUGAGACGAUUCGAAACUCACAUAUAUGCCGAGAACAACCAGGAGGAACCGGACUCUGACCUGGGUCUAGUUGUGGAAGGUGUGAAGGGCACGCUGGUCUUCAAAACGGCUUCUAACGAUGUAACACGCAUCAGGGUGCCCGCAAACUUUGGCAGCAUCAGAAAGAUAUAUAACCUUGAUCAUUAUAUUAUUGCCCUAACUAGCUCAGGCUACUUGCUGAACGUGUGUCCAAUCACCCGCACCAUAAGCUCGUACCAGCAGCUGGAGCAACCUGAGUUGCUCGUUGAUGAUCUAGUGGUUAUGGAAUGCAGCGAGGAGAGUAUAGAACUAUUAGUGCUCACCAAAAGCACAGGCGGUGAAGAUGGACGGCUUAUCAAAAUAGUGGAAUAUCCCUCAAUGAAGUGUAAGAAUGAGGUGGAGGUCCCUGAACAGACUUGGCUUGUGCAACAGCCAAAGUGCGCCGUGAAUCUUUACUAUCUGGCUUCUAGGAAUACCGAUCCGGGGCAGAUACCCGACGAGGUUGAAAUGCUGUUGGUGUCUGAAACAGAUCCCAGCGAUCGCUUCAAAAAGCUAAUAGCAAAAGGUCGACUAGAAGAAGCAGAGGAAUUUGGCAAACAGUUUGAGCUAUGCCUGCAGCCCAUUUUCGAAGCCAAGGCAAAACGCAUCCUCAUUGAACUGUGUAAUAUAAAUGCUCACGAUGCCAAUAAGCUAGACGAAAAGUUCCAAACGAUGUUGGAUCUGCUGUCUCAGGUCGAAAGCAAGAAAUUUAUCUUAAAUAAUCGCAUGAUCAAUUUGCCGUCGCGGCAAAUACUAGAACGAUACCUCAGAGAGAUUGUGAAAAGAUUGGAUUUUGAGGAGGACAAUGAGCAUGUUUUGGAAAUUAAUGAGCAACUGCACCGAUUGAAAACGCUCGCUAUCACUGAUCCCUAUGAGUGUAACACAGAGUGGCAAAAGUUUGUCUAUCACAGGAACUUGGUGAAGAUGGUCAAGUCACUUUUUAUUAGCGACAUGCCCGUUGCCUGCCUUAUCUGGCGGCGUCAUUCCAGCAGUAUAUUGCCGCAUCUCCACAUGGAUGAGAUGCGCAAGCUUAUGAGUUUUAUACCCGGAAGCACUGAACCUAUUAAUGUGGUGCAAUGGUUGCGUCAAUUCAUACCCACCGUCUGCAAUACGCAUCCUUCUGUCAUGCCCUUUAUCACAGACUGGAGCAUAGAAAAAACGCGAGAGCUACAGUACGUUGAUCUUUGGCCAGACAUUGGAUUGGAGUUUGCUACAAAAAUUCUAGAGAUUUUCGAGGAAAUCGAGUUUAUUUACUCCGAUGUACGUCGCCAACACGAGCGCAACAUUGGAAAACUUCGGGAUCUCGUUAAUGCAUUACAGGACUUGUCUGUACUAAAGUCCAGCUAUAAGUUGGUCAUUACAUUGGAUAACUACAUGCAAGACUCCAUUGACGCUACUGCGCUGUGUAUUCUACAACGCGUACAUUUGGAUAAACUGCAGAGCCUGGUGAACGAUUUUCUAUACCCAAUCUUUCAGGAAAAGGGACUUACACCCGCGAACGCUAUCAAGAACUACUUAUCUCAGCUAGUGACCAAUCAUCAAUCGCUGAGCAAUUGGUUAGAGCGAUCUGUUGCCUGCAUUGAGAUGCUCCACAACGAGGACAGUCGCCUGGAGUGUGCGCUAAAUGUUCUUCAAAAUGCGCCAGUGCCCUGGCCCGACUCUUUGAUGCCGCUCAUCAAAUUACGUACCUCCACGCAUCCAUUGGCAACUAAAAUCAAUGCCGAAUAUGAGAUACAAGUAAUCAAAAUUAUGAAGGUUAAAUAUGGCUGGCCCGCUGAUAGUGCAGUGGGCAUAAAUCUAGAGCUAUUCGCAAUGCGCAUCAUUAAACUAAACCUGCCAGAUAUGCUCCAGGACAUUCGCACACUAACUAUGGCCGCGCCUGAGGUGGCUAGCAUAGCCAAUUUCAAUUGCUGUUACCAAAUGGCGAGACGCGGGCAAAUCGAGUCGGCAUAUGAGUUCUUUAAAUCACUUAACAAUGAGAAGGACGCAAAGUAUGGAAAGGAGGUGGUCGAGAAUUUGACGAAUUUGCUCGAGAGCAGCUCCACACCAUUGCUUGAUGAGAAUAAAGUGUUAGAGCAUAGUCAUGUUCUUGAACUCCUCAAGCUGAUGCUGCCCCAUGUGGAGCCUGUUUAUGAGCGUCGCUAUCUGCUUAUCAAGCAUCGCUUUAUACUACGCAAGCAAUUCAACUUGGAUGUGAACCACUGGAGCAAUCUGAUAACGAACCGUUGCCGUGAUGCUCUCCUGGAUGAGGCCAUCGAGCGCAUCAUGGAGCGCAGUCAGGCAACUCUUAAUGUUCCAGAGUUCAUUUCAAGCGAAAUGGGGGAGCUAUGCAAGGCACUGGGUCUGCAAAAAGUAUAUGGUCUGCAGCGUAUUUGUCAGCGCAUGAAUUGCCUGCCUUUGUCUUGUGCUCUGGCUUAUUAUGUGAUUGAGUUCAUCGAUUGUGUGCCUGGCAACCAAGGCGAUUUUACAAACCUGGGCGUAGAGCUCUUGGUUCAGCAAAUAACAGCCGCCAAGAGCCAGCCAAAUGGUGCGUCGUCUUCCUUGGAGUUGCUCAAUGAAAACGAUCCAUUGGCCUUUCCACUUGCCUAUGAGUUGUUAACUUCGGCGCUGUUGCACGAACAAAACUGCAAGCGAGAUCUAGUCGAUUUAAUUAAAUAUGUGCGCGUGGCCAUGCUUAAGUACAGCGUGGAUGCCAUUGAGACGUACUACCAGGGGAAUGUGCAAGAGAUAAACGACCACAUUUGUCGAGCCUUGGAUGGAGCUCCCAUCGCCCACGGCGAGACCACACUUAACUUCUCAACCACGCUGAACGGCUCAUUUGAUGUAAAAACAAGUCAGCCACAGCCCAAAAAACGUUACUCGGUGUCCAUGUUCGACGAUGUCGAUGUGCAGCUGCAGCUGCCGUCUAAGCAGAAGAAAUUCAGCGGUGGACGGUUGCCUGCUGUUAGGUUCCUGGCACACACGCUCCUCCUCAUGGUGAUUGAAACGACGCCCACGAAUUCGCUACUGCUGCAGAUUCGAAAUGCCUUGCCGGAAAAUAUGAGGACUGACUUCGAUGGCGCACGCGCCGAUUUCUUUUUAUCUCUCGAACAGCUCAUCAAGGCCAAAGAGCAUGAUGUGUGGUAUAUCAUGGCCCAGCAUCUCCUCGAAUACCAAAAUCAGAACCGCUGCAAGAAGAUCAUCAGCGCCGGAUUUGUUUCACUGCAACUACGCCGCUUCUUCCGCAAUGCCAUGAACGACAAAGAUGUCAACUUCAUAGAGCUUUUUUCCAUGCUAGUGUCGGACUGCGAGGCUUUGGCUCAGCUCGAUAAGCUAGCUAGCGAUGUCAAAACGGAUCAGCAGAACAUAAAUUUCCUCACACUUUCCCAAAUGUACAACAUGUACAUUGAGGAUAUGGAUAAUGUGCAAGAGUUAAAGGCCAAGCGCAUCAAACUAUUUUAUUACACAGAAUUCUGUCAGCAGGAUCCCAACUUUAAGGGCAAAUUUAAUGACGGCAUGGAUAACAUUGAGGAUUUGCUGAAGGAGUUCCACAAUAAACAACUCAAUGUGAAGCUGUUGGAGCGCAUAAGUCGUGAUUUUGGCUUAGACUAUCAGAAAUUGCUUAUCAACCAGAUCUUGAGCAUUCUGGGAUCACAGGAGCUGCGCUAUGAAAUCAAACACGACGCCUUUGGAGAUGAAGAGCUGAUCAUGCUGAGUAGUGAGCAAAAAAUGUUCUCAAUGUGUCAGCCCUACUUAAGUGAGAUCAACAAAGUUGAGUUGUUUACAUCCAAGUUGAAGCAGUUCAUCGAGGAGAUAAACCUCUACUUUUACGAACUGUACCUCUGCGUCAUUGAAAUGCUGGAAUUUUUCGAUUCUGCGCCAAAAGAAAUGAAGAUUUGGACAAGUAUAUUGCACUUCCUCAAGCACAAGAUGAUUACGCGUCGAAGGAACCGUCCGAGCCAAUUAGAAACUGAUCUGUGGCUGCAAUCGCAAAAGGAAAAUGGCGUGCAGCCUAAGAUUGCACGCUACCGCCUGCCAUUCAAACCGAUUGUUGAGCAACCACUAAAAGACAUUCUAGAGAGCGAACUAAAUGUGGAUAACUGUCAAAGCUGGUUUCCCCUCAUCCAAAUGUAUACAGCGCUUAAAGGCUCCAAGGAUAUCUCCCAGAAUUGCGAUUAUUUCUGCAUGUCAGCGGUCAAGAAUUCCAUUAAUGAAUACAAAUCCAAAAACGAUUCAGAUGCAUGGAGCCUGUACCCAACGAAUAAUGCGUUCCUAAAAUCAGUGUUACGUCUGACUAAGAAUGUGCACAGCCCAUCGAAAGUGUUCCUCAUACUCUACUUUGUAGCCAGCUAUGCACCCGAUGGCGCCGAUCAAGUAGAGGCCUCCUACGAAUGCUGGAAAUAUGUGAAGGAGAAUGCCGCCGUGAUAACCGAUCCGAAGUAUCAGGAACAGCUAACGAAGAUCAAACGCAAAUAUCCCAUUAUAAAAACCCAACACCUUCUCUAUGUCUAUGGCCUUCCCGAUGAGAAGCUGCUGCGGCUGGUCGAAAAUCCAACCGAACUCAUAAUUAGUCUCUAUAAUCAUGAGCUAAUACUUAAGUCCACCAAACUGGACAUAAACACAUUGGUGAAGGAUAUUGCAAACCUGCACGAACUCGACUUGGAUGCCAUACAGUUCAAAUUACUGCAGAAAUGGUUAUCAGUGACCAUGGAGCCCGCCGAUGGUACGAUGCUUGAGGAAACAUUCCUUGAGGAUCAACACUAUUCGGAGAACGGUGGUGGGGAUGAGUCUACCAAGGCGAGCGAAAACGUAAUCAGAGCCAACUAUUUGCUUAGCAGCUGGGAAAAAUCGCAGGCGGUCGAAUUGCUUGUGGGAUUUAUAUUCAAGGACGGCUCUGUGAAUACCUCGAACCAACUACAGAUGUACGAGUGCUACUCAAAGCUAAACGAUGGUAGCAGCUACUUUAACAACAGGAUAAAGCAGCGGCAAUAUAUUACAAUAAAAUGUGUUCACGAACUGAACGCAUUGGGGUACAAGACGAACAUUGAAAAGUUUGCCGACGAACACUGCAAUAAGAUCGACAUUCUGAAGAUGAUUUGGCAGCGGAAUGCCCAGAAUCCACUUUCCCUGCAAGUGAUGGCAAACAUCUGUCUGGGAUUUAACAUACAUCUGCCCAAGAUCUGGAACGGCAUAUUCAAGCGCAUGGUGAUGGCCAAUAUGGUGAGGGAGCUAAACGCUCUUGUCGAUGUGCUCUCCUGCAAGCCUCAGCUUUUGCACACCGAGGGUCUGGCCCUGGCUUGGGACUGCGUGCUGUGCCAUCCUCUGCAGAAUGCGGUUCAGACUCGCUCCUUCGCGCAGGAGGAAAAACUGCAUAAAACUCUGCUGCGUCUACAGAGCUGUCCAGUGGUUCAUGCCCUAAAUCUUUGCCAAUUCGCUGAACUGUGCAUGCUUAUACAUCGACCACACAUGGCAGCUGUAUUGCUCUCAUUCUGUCAGAGUGUUGAGGAUCGAGAAAAAAUCAAGAAGUUGAUCAGCGCUCAGAAGGUGGACAACUUGCGCAAACAGAUUCUGGAACUCGAAGAGGUAGGCAUGCUGUCUGUUGUGUUAAACUUUGCCCUAAAGGAAUUGAAUCUUUAGGCAUUGGGUUUUAAAAUGUUCUAUUAUAAAAUGAAAUAUUAAAAAGUUUAAAUGAUA